AUGCCAGAAUUGAAAUGCACAGCCAGUCAAACUGAUGAGCAUUUAUCAACAAACCAAACCGAAAGUCUGGUUUCCAAGUCAGUCCAAACAGAAGUUAUUGCAAUUGAUGAAAAUGCACCCAAGCUUCACUCUACUACACUAACAAGAGACACAGAGCUGAAUGAAAACAUGGUACUUGAUGUUGAUUUACUUGAAGACAUUGAUUACAUAGAAUUAAGUGAUGAUAGUGAUAAUGACAUUCAGCAACCAGGCAACAUUGAAGUCAAUGAAGACACUCUUCAGGCCAAUCAUGGUUCUUGUUCUGAAGGAGAUGAAGAUAUUUCUGUAAAUGAAAAGGAUUGCUUUUCUCCUGAGAACCAGCAUCAACCUUCGCAAAAUGACAAGCUGUACAGAUGUUCAAAGUGUAACUUGGGGUUCAAGUGUGAGAGGCACUUGGAGAAUCAUGAAAACAUAAUACACAAUGGAACAAAACCUUUUAAAUGUGGCUCUUGUGAUAAAGUGUUUGCCCAUAAGAACAGUUUAAAGAUUCACAAAGAAGCACACAAGAAUAAAGUAAGCAGCAAUCUAGAGAGAAGUGGUGUACUGCAUCAUGCAAAGAAACAACAGGCAAUUCAAACAACAGAGAAGUCAUUCAAAUGCAMAAUAUGCCAUAAAACCUUUAAACAAAAAGGGUACMUGAAACUCCACAUUCAAAUACACAGAGGAGAGAAAGAAUUCAWGUGCAAUAUCUGCAUGAAAACGUUGUCAAGUAAACACAGUUUAAAKRUSCACCAUCGAAUGCAUAGUGGAGAGAAACCAUUUAAAUGCAACAUCUGCAAYAWAGCUUUUAGACAACAGCAUCAUCUAAAGARUCAUGCAAAUGCCCAGCACUCAMAGCACGGUAGAGAUACUGGAGGAAAACGAUUUAAAAGUAGAAUCUUCAAUAAAGAAAAGACUGGUCUUAUGCAACAUAAUCAAACACACCACAGAGAGAAGCCAUUCCAAUGCACUGUUUGCAAGAAAGAUUUUACAUAUAARGGGAACUUAAAAACACACCAUCGAAUCCACCAUAAAKMCUURGCACAAGRCACUAGCYCAGAGAACCWGGGAAGAGAAGAKAAGUCAUUYAAAUGCACAAUAUGCAAUAAAACCUUUGCAUGUAAGAGCAGUGCUAAGCUCCAUCAGCGACUCCACACUGGAGAGAAGCCAUUCCAAUGUACUGUUUGCAAGAAAGAUUUUACAUAUAAGUGUAACUUAAAAACACACCAUCGCAUCCAUCAUGAAAACCAUACCAGUGCAAGUACAGAUAAAAAAGGCCACAGUGAAGUGAAGUCAUUCAAAUGCACAAUAUGCCAUAAAACCUUUACAANUUCAAAGCGUUAUUUAAAAUUUUGA